UAAUUAUGCAACGCAGUGAUACUCGGCGACUAUUGCCUUUGUGUACCGGGGUCCUAUUUACAUAAAAUGGCCACGCCCCCAUUGCUACGAAAUGAUCAAGACAUUAGUGAGAGAACGCAAAAAAAUCAGUUAUGCAAGGGUGCUACAGAACAUUGCUACUACGCUCUUGAUCAUUGACGUCUUGGGCAAAGACUAGAAAAUCUCUAGCUCUAGUACUGAGUGUUCCCCAGUUCCAGCAGUCCACUCAGUAGAGCUAGAAAAUACCUAGACCCGUGAACGUGGCGUUGUAUACAACGCCAUGUUCACGGGUCUAGAAAAUACCAUUAACCAUAGAGCAACAAGAUUUGAAACUUUGUGUGGCGGUCGUAUGUACUAGUGAAGUGAAACUAGCCUGACUCAAAAAUGGAACAAGCUGAGUAUUAUCAACACUGCCCCAGAAGCAAGUUGGGUAUGGACAUCUUCCUGUCGCAACACAAAGGCUUCCUGGGGAGCAUCAAGACAAGACCAGGGGACUUCAGGGUCACGGAAAUCGACUUAUCCGGAAAGCCGGUCCAGCUGGAGAAGAGUGGGGACUUCCAAGGUCUGCCUUCCGCGCCUUGUCACGUCAAAGCAAAGGAAGGCCGUUCUGAUGGAGAUGGGAGUAAAAUCGGUGGCAACUCUUCGUGUAGAAUUCCAGACGGACUGAGCGUUUCAUCCAAGAUAGUAGGCUCGACUUCAUUCGACGACCUGACAGAACUAGAGAGCUUGACGCCAAUCUUUGUCGGUAUCAUUGGAGUACAAGUUAUGGAGGAUCUGGGAGUUUUCUCGGAGCGAGAACUCCGACUGAAUGACCCCUCGUCGAAGACAACAGUGAGAACUAGUGAUCCCGUGCAUGGGCCUGUGAAUUCCCAGAAUUCGCUCGCCGAAGAUGGCGAUACUUCGCAGGAGAAAUGUUUCUGCAUUGGAGUUGUGCAAGACAAGGAGGCGAGGACGUUUGUUCAUAAGGCCGUCCAGUGUCUUUUCCCUCAUCUUAAGACGUCAACAUCCAAACUCCCUGACGACACUUCCAAGUCGGUAAGCGUCAGCACCAACCCAACGUACUGGGACUUUCGGAACUUACUCGAGGAUCUUCAAGUAGGGAAACUGAUCAGAUUCGCCGGGUCAAAGUUCUCCACACGGACAUUCUCCAUUGAUGCAGAAGGAACGGACUCCAAGGAAACAAGAACAGCGAUCCACAGACUGAUUUCAAAACAUUUCGGAAAGUUCUUGGAAACGAAGACAUGUCGGACGGCUUCCGGUAAGCAGGAAGUUGUGGUGCGUUUCCGGGAAAAGUUUGCUCGGAAGGACAGCAGAGGAGUGAAGAGGAAAGCUGACGCAACAGAGACAGAAGGAUCUGGUGAUGUGUUCACUGGUUUUACACUGAAGAAGAGCAACUUGGAAACCUUAGAUGCUCUCCAGAAACUUGCCCGAGUCUUGCGGGUCCAGCCGUCUGACUUCAGUUAUGCCGGAGUGAAGGAUAAGAAGGCUGUCACUCUUCAGUCGGUAGCUGUCAAAGGCAUCAAUUCAAAAAGAUUAGAGCAGCUGAUCAACGUUGCGAAUCUUCCUGGCAUCACUGUCGGCAACAUCCAUCCCCGCAUCGCGCCCAUUCAUGUUGGAGAUCUGACUGGCAAUCUCUUUGACAUCCUCAUCCGUGAUAUCCGUCACCGUGGUGAUGGAGAACCCAUCGGGGAAAAUCGUGGAGUAGAGGGAGCUCUCUUGAAGGAGGAACUAGACACUUGCUUUGCUUCUGUGAAGGAGAAAGGGUUCAUGAAUUACUUUGGAGAGCAGCGAUUCGGUCUUUUACAGGAUGGGAAGAGCCAAUCAGCCGCCAUUGGUCAGUCCAUUCUGUCUGGGAAAUAUCAAGAUGCAGUUAACCAAAUACUCGCCCCUGAGGAAGACAAGGACGAUCCCGUCAACCGAGCCAAGCGCCACUUCCUCCAGACUCGAAACGCCAAGGAGGCCCUGGCCCUCAUGCCCAGGCACAAGACCCGCGAGUGCCUCGUUCUCAGGGCCCUGCACCGGCAUGGCCUGGACAGAGACGGCUGCAUGAGGGCGCUUCUCUGCAUCCCGCACGCCAUGCGGCAGUUCUACGCGCACGCCUUCUGCAGUCUGGUCUGGAAUCACAUGGCCAGCGUGAGACUGCGACUGUACGGAUACCGGGUUGUGGCCGGGGACUUGGUGUUGAUGGGAGACGAGAAGCGGGGUGCCAGGGACAAGAUUCAAGAAGUUAGUGAAGACGACGUGAAAGCUGGCAUCUUCUCCAUCCAGGAUGUAGUCCUUCCGUUGCCCGGUAACAACAUCCGGUAUCCCAGCAACAGGAUGGGAGAUGCAUACACCAAGUACCUGGAGGGGGCGGGCUUGGGUUCUUGCAAGUACCGCCCGACCGAACUUCAGUUGAACAUACCGGGGGAUUACCGGCGACUGAUUGAGUGGCCUAAGGAACUUCGCUGGGAUUUAGAGCAUAUACGAGACGACGAUGAAAUCCAGACAAAUCUUGUGCCAGACAAGUUGGGGAUGGAUUGUGAAGUGGACUCUAAAGAAGACAGAGAGUGUCUCGGUGAUGAAAGAGCUACAUUAAAUUUUCAUGAAGUUAAUUUAAAAUGUUCCAAUGAUUCGUCAGAGAUUGACGGACAAAAUCCCCCAGAAUCAAACAAUGAUGACAUUUCUUUGAGAUCUGAAUUGAGCAGCUCAGAAUUGGAUGAGGGGAACAGUCCAAGUGACCGACAGGCAACAGGGGUGAAUUUAAGGGUCAAAUUCAGGUUGGCAUCUUCAACCUAUGCCACCGUUUUUCUGAGGGAGUUGAUGAAAAAAUAUAGUGCGGUGGCUUCAACCAUGCUCCAACAGAAACAAGAUGAGCAAGGCAAUUAACAUUGACAAUGACGAAAGUAUUCUCUGGAAGGAUGAUGUCAGGUUUACAAAGGAGUUCUUUCAGAAACCUUUUGUAUUUGCAACUUCAGUUUCAUAAUUUCACAACUAAAACCAAACAGAAGUACAUAUGCCGCGUUUGUAUUAAAAGUGCUCACUAAAUUUUUUUUAUUUCCAAUUCGUAAUAUAUUUACAAAAGCCAAAAUACAAAAUUUCCCUUCAUAUUUUGUCUAGCUUUGACUCAAAUUGGAAAUAGUUUCAAAAAUGACACAAAUUCUAUUUAAAAUACUUAAGGCCGGUUCAUACUCAGCGCGAAAAAUGCGAAUGCAAACUUCUGACGUCACGGCAAGCUUUCGCACUGGGAUUUCGCAAAAGUUGAUCACAUUUCAACUCCGAAUUUUGCAGCGAAAUGUUUCAUGACGUCAAAUUUGUUUCGCAUUUGCAUGAAGUGCAUUUUGUAUGAACCGGCCUUAACACAUUGGUACUCAAGUAUU